GCGCGCAGGCGGGCGGCCUCCUUCCGGAGCGGCUCGGCGCCGUAGAUGCCGCCGCCCACGCCCAGCACUAUCACCGUCACCAGGCGCACCAGCCGCUCCCUCCCGCUCAUGGCUGCCGUUGCUGCCGCCCUCCUGCUGCGGCGCACGCGCGGGGACUGGUGCAGUUUCGGCUUCUGCGCUUGCGCCCUCCCUCGGAUGGCAGUCGCUAUGGAGGCGGCCGUGGAGGCGUCUGCCGGAAGGCCUCGCAGGCGGAAGCCGGUGCGGCGGCCGGAGGGGCGGGAGCGGCCGGUGGCUGGUGCCGCGUCCCCCCGAGGGCUCCUCGCGCUAAGCCUGGCGCUGCGGCUGGCCUGCUGCCUCUCGGUGCGGACCAGCUUCGUCCCGGACGAGUACUGGCAGUCGCUGGAGGUGGCGCACCGGGCGGCCUUCGGAUAUGGGAGCCUGACCUGGGAGUGGUCCGAGGGCCUGCGCAGCCCCCUCUACCCGCUGCUCUUCGCCGGCCUCUUCAAGGCGCUGCAGCUGCUGGCCAAGGACGAGGCGCUGCUGCUGAUUUGGCUCCCUAGGGUUUUCCAGGCAGUUCUGGCAGCAUUUGCAGACGUGAAGUUAUAUUCCUUGGCCAAGCGACUGGAUAACUUUGAGACGGCCCAAUGGGUGUACUUUUGCCAGUUGUGUUCUUGGUUCACGUGGUAUUGCUGUACCAGGACCCUCACCAACACCAUGGAAGCAGUUCUCACCAUCUUUGCUCUUUGCCACUAUCCCAUGGAAGGCACCAAAAUGGAGAGCAGCCGCUGCUACUUAGCCCUGGUUGCACUGGCAUGCAUCAUCCGCCCGACAGCUGCCAUUCCGUGGGCUCCGCUGCUGCUUUGGCACUUUGGAAAAGAGUCCAACAAGAGGCGGUUCCUCUGGGGUGCUUUCCUUCCAGUAGGACUAAUUGCUUUGGGAGGUUCGUUAGUAGUUGACAGGAUCUUUUUUGGCAAGUGGGUCGUGGUUCCCCUCAACUUUCUGAAAUUCAAUGUUCUGCAUGACCUGGCCGCCUUCUAUGGAUCCCACUCCUGGCACUGGUAUUUCACCCAGGGCUUGCCAGUGAUCCUUGGUCCCCACCUGCCUUUCUUCCUCCAUGGCUGUUUCAGUGCCCCAAGGAAACAUCGUGUGUUCUUGGUUGUUGUGCUUUGGACCGUGACAGUCUACAGUGUUCUUCGUCACAAAGAAUUCCGAUUUAUCUACUCCAUCCUGCCCAUCUGUAUGCUCUUCUGUGGGCAUUCUCUGGUUCAACUGAAGAGGUGGAGAAGGGCUGCUGUCUCCUUCUUGCUGAGCUCUAACCUGCUCCUUGCCCUCUACACUGGUUUGGUCCAUCAACGUGGCACUCUUGAUGUGAUGGUCUACCUCCGGGAGCUAUGCAGUCCUUUGACCCAAGGACAGACAUCCAUUCUCCUGCUAAUGCCCUGUCAUUCAACUCCUUUAUACAGCCAUAUUCACUGCCCACUGCAAAUGAGAUUUCUUCAGUGCCCUCCAAAUUUGAUGGGAAGAAGCAACUACCUGGAUGAGGCUGACUUAUUUUACUCUCACCCUCUCCCGUGGCUCAACAAAGAGUUUCCUAACACUACGCAACUACCCUCCCAUUUGGUCUUCUUCAAUGGACUUGAGCAGGAAAUAUCAUCAUUUCUGAUUUCAAACAGAUAUGUAAAAGCUGCCAGAUUCUUUCACACCCAUCUGCCUCAAGGACGAGUUGGAAGCCACAUUUAUGUGUUCAAAAAAAUAUUUUGAAGAUUGACAGAAAUUGUUUAAGGGCUGGGGGGGGCGGGGGGGGGGCUGGGGCUGGUGCAAGAGAAACAAGAAAGCAGCAACCCCUAACCUGAAGUCCGUGGCUAAGUAAGUCCGAAGAGUGGCUCUGGAGAGAUGGAAGGUGCCACUUUUUGUUUUUGCAAAGGUGGCCUGGUCAGACUAUAUGCAGCUAGGCAAACCUCUAAGAAGAGAGAGCUUGGAACCACUUUAUUUUGUUUUUUUUACAAUGUACAGAUGUGCAAGGAAAUUUAAAAGAAAGAUGAUCAGAACAAAUCCCAUCGUGAUCAGAGUAAUUAAACAGCUAUCAAGAUGUGCUUCUGGAGCAUGAGAUGAAAUCUGUACCAUAUCUUUUAGUAGAACCAAGUACCAACAUGUGCAAAAAAAAGCUUAUUUUACAACUUGUCUAAA